GGCGUUUACCAAACCUUGGACUUGGUAAAGAUCUCCUUUGGACUUUGGUGUGCCCACUCUUUUCCCCUACAUUACCUUCUCCAAUACUAGUAGUUUCUGCACGUUUUCUUUCUCUCAACUUUGCCUGCAUAUUUUGAAGUGGGGUAUGUUUGAUUAUCAUCCAUACCCUAUUGCUCAGUUCAUGACACAAUUGUUUUAUCCGAAGCUAAAAAAGAAAGGGAAUUCCUGGUUUUCAUGGCCUCUGAAAGGGAGAUAUUCAGCCUAUCGGGUCCAUUAUUCCUCAAUGCUAUUGAUUGGAGAAAUACAGAUCAUAGGAGGUCUGUAGCAGCAAGCUUAGUUCAGAGUGUGUACAUUCUCGAACGUGACCGCCAGCAAAAUCGCCUAGGCCCUAAAGCCCUAGCUCCGCCCUGGUGGGAAUUCUUUCAUUUUCGUUUAAUCCAAGUCUUGGUGGACAAUGAAGAUCAAUCUUACUUCGGUGCCAUUUUCGAAUACAAAUAUCCAAAUUCUCAUUUCAACUACCCCUAUUACUCAGCCCACAAUCACAAUCAGAAUCAGAAUCAGUAUCAGAAUCCACCAAAAUAUGUGAUCGCCUUUCGAGGCACAAUUGCCAAAAAAGAUAGCAGAUCACAAGACUACAAGUUGGAUUUUAAAGUCAUUCGCAGUAAUCUUCACAAUAGCUCUCGCUUCCAUAUUGCACUUCAAGCUGUACAAAGCAUUGUUCAAAAUUACGGGGCCUCAGAUAUUUGGCUAGCUGGUCAUUCAUUAGGUUCUGCAAUUGCAUUAACAAUUGCAAGGGAUAUGGUAAUUAAAAUAGGCAUUCAUCUCGGAACAUAUUUGUUUAAUCCACCAUUUGCAUCUCUUCCAAUAGAGAAAAUCAAGAACGAGAAAGUGAAGCAUGGAAUCCGCUUUGCUCAUAGUGUAGUCAAAGCUGGACUUGCUGCUGCCGUCAAAAGUCAGAGGCCAGAGCCUCCACAUAAAAGUGAUGAUUUUACUAUAUUAUCUGCAUGGGUUCCUUAUUUGUUUGUAAAUCCAUCAGAUCCUAUUUGCUCAGAAUAUGUUGGAUAUUUCGAACAUCGGGAAAAGAUGGUUGCGAUUGGCGCUGGGGAAAUCGAACGAAUUGCGACGCAGAAUUCAAUAAGAAGUAUUAUUUCGACUGCUAUAGAAAAAGAGUCAGAACCGUCGCACCUACUUCCUUCGGCUUUUGUUACUGUUAAUUUGAGUCCUUCUCCAGAUUUCAAACGAGCUCAUGGAAUCCACCAAUGGUGGAAACCUGAUUUGCAGUGCAAUUACAAGCUUUACCAGUUUCGAUAAGAUUUGAUAUUAAUCGUCUGUGAAAUUUUAGAAGCUGUGGAACAAAGUGUACAAAGCUGGACAAUCUAAUUAAUUACAGGGAUCAAGAAAUAUUUUUGGUCUUAGGAUGAAUCUGAAUUUGUUUUCUUUAAUUGCAGUUAUUGUUUUCACUUCCA